AUGUUUCAGCCCACUUCUCUCAUUCCUCUUCACAUGUCGCUGUUUAUGGUUCUAUUUUCCUUCUGGCUUACCGGUGUGGACAACCUAUGUUCCCUUCAGAUGAUCCUCUUUGCCAUUCGUGCGCUCCUUGGAUAUUUACAGUUCAUUCACUUGGAUGAGAUGUCUUGUACUCAAGGCUGCUGGAAUAGUGUUCUAAGGGACUCGGAACAACCCAUGAACUAUGAUGGUGCCAAAGACCAGCAAUGUGAUCAGUUACAUUGGAGGUGGUCUAGUGCAUAUGAUGUUGUACAGCUAUAUUGGUGUAGUAGCUAG